CGGCUCCUGCUCUUCCUUUGGCUCUGCUUCAGGGAGGCCCUUCCUGCCCCUCCGUCCAAGGCCCUCUGCAUCCUUCAUUCACUAUGAAGUUGUGAGAUGGACGUCGGUCUCGCUUUUGAGAAACCAGGCUCCAACGCUGGCACCAGACAGGUGGCAUCAGCUUGCCACUGACCACAUCCCUGCUCUGCCCCCUACCCUUCAAGAGAUAUUCUCAUCCAGCUCCUUAGCUAGGAAUGCAGUGCCCUUCGGAACUUAGCCUUAAAAAUGAAUCCCGUUGUUUCACAGCCAGGAUAUGGGACCGGGGGUGUGAUGCAUAGUGACUGGCAAUCUGGCGUAUUUGACUGCUGUGAUGACCUGGGGAUUUGCCUCUGUGGGACCUUCUUUCCCCUAUGCCUUUCCUGUCAGAUCGCCUCUGACAUGAACGAAUGCUGUCUGUGCGGAGCGAGUGUCGCCAUGAGGACCUUGUAUCGGACGCGAUAUGGCAUCCCGGGAUCUAUUUGCAGUGAUUUCCUAUGGCUGGGAUGUUUCCCUCAUUGCACCCUUUGCCAACUCAAGCGAGAUAUUGAGAAAAGAAAAGCAAUGAAUGCUUUCUAAAAAGGGCUUACAACUUGGUUGUAUUCACAAUGUGGUGAAAGAAAUGCUGGAAUGACACACUGCACCUGCUGUGCUAUCUCACCCCAAAUCUUAGAAACUAAUUCAACUAAUCAUAUGGCUUCCAAUGGCUUCAAGACCUUUUUAAUUUCCAGUUUAUUCCAAAAGAAGUAUAUUUCCCAUGCUGUUCUCUAAAAUGACUGCUAUUAAAAAAUGAACAUCCUCCACA